AUGGCCCUCACCCCCGCCCAACUAUCCCAAUGGGAGGAGGAGGGCUACCUCGUCCUUCCUUCGUUCUUUUCCCAAGCCGAAACAAAGGAGAUGCUGGAUAGGACACACGCGCUUCUCUCUUCUUUCGAUCCCACAACCCACCCUCUGACGCGCUUCACCACCGCCGCAGACGGGCCGAACGCCCACGUCGGUGACGAGUACUUUCUCAAUUCCGGGGACAAGAUCCGGUUCUUCCUAGAGCCUGGCGCUGUUACCCCCGCAACGGCUACCGAACCCGCUCGCCUCAACGUACCCGCCGAUCGGAGCGUCAAUAAGAUUGGGCAUGCGUUGCUUCUCGAUCCGGUAUUUGGCAAGUAUACUCUUGGCGACAGGAUGACGGAGGUGGCCAAGAGCCUUGGAGCUCAUAAGAGUGCGAGAGUGCUGCAGAGCAUGGUUAUUUGCAAACAGCCGCGCAUAGGCGGCGAGGUGCCAUGCCACAACGACUCAACGUUCCUGUACACGGACCCGCCCAGUGCUGUCGGGUGCUGGAUCGCGCUCGAAGACUGCACCCCACAGAACGGCUGCCUCUCCUUUCUUCCCGGCAGUCACAAGACCGCUCGCAUCAGCUCGCGCUUCGUCCGCGCCUCUGGUGGCGGGACGACUUUCGAGCCUGUUCCUUGCGUUAAGCCCAACGAGGAGGACUGGGACGCUCUUCCCGGUUGGAAGGAGGCGCCUUGUACCGCCGGCACGAUGGUGCUCAUCCAUGGAAGCGUGAUGCACCGCUCGCCGCCGAACCCGAGCAACCGCACACGCAUAAUCUACACCUUCCACAUGGUCGAUGGCGAGUGUGUUUACGAUGAGAAGAACUGGCUCCAGCCCACGCCUGAGAUGCCGUUCGCUAAGCUCUUCUGA